AUGGACCGGCGAACCUAUGAAUCUCCCAUGGAUUGGGAAUACCAGAACAAUGCUCCCGUAGACCCGUCAAGUCCGUUUGUACAGUCCACUAAGAGAUUGCAAGCCAAAGGUAUCUUCGGCUCUUCGAGUCUCAUCAACAACAAAAACAACUCUCACGCCACCUUCGGUCAGAAUCCGUUCGAACGCACGCAAAGCACCCCAUCUUCCCAUAAAGCGCCGCCUCUCACGCCUCAUCCACCGUCUAUCUUCUCUACAUCUACUCUCCAAAGAACAGCCACCGCGCCGCCCUUUCGAAAUCCUGCCUUUACAACACCAAGGAAACCCAUCGAUUCUGAUGCGCUAUCCGAGUUCUCGCCUGCCGAAUCCAGUCCUGCCGUUACUGACGUCUCCGACUAUCCUGACACCCCUGAGAAUGAACAUUCAUCUAAUCUUGCGCAUAUGACUAUUACACCCGCAAAUAUGAGUAAAUUCAAAGCGCCAUCACCAAAAAAGGCCUCCGGUAGAGGUGAGAUAGCCAGGACUAUCUUUGCUUCACGAGAUAAGGUGCGCAAGAGGAAACGGUACAAUGCCGAUAGAGAUGUCAGCGGAUAUCGUCUACCUUAUCUCCAGCAGGAUGAAUGCGACGAGUCCGAUUAUGAGUCGGAUGAGAGCACAUUCCAGCCGAGCAAAUCCCGCAAGGAUCAAACAAACCGCAGCAAGGAUGGGUGGUUCGGCGCCUUUCUAGCCACUGUUCAGCGGCACCCAUAUGCCCCAAGCAUUCUUGGCUACUGGCUGACUUUCGCAUUCAACCUAUUCUGCGUAUCGGCUACGUGUUGGGUUGGCUGGGCCGUCAUCGACGGUUUGCGUCAGGACUUCUCUACCGAGAGACAAGCACUAAGGGCUGAUAUCCUUGCCGAGAUUGAUAAAUGCUCAAGCGAUUAUCGGGAGAACAGAUGCUUUCCGGUAGAUAAACGGUUACCGGCCAUGUAUGAGCUAUGUGACCAAUGGUUCGCCUGCAUGAACCAAAACCCGGAUAACGUCAAGCAGGUAUCAAGCAGCGCCAAGGAGAUGGCCAAAAUUCUCAACGAGAUUGUGGAGACGAUGUCGUACAAGACUAUAGCCUUGUUGCUUGUUCUGUUCACGAUAUUCGCAUACAGCGGCAGGUCGCUAUAUAAGAGUGCUAACGCAUUCACGGAUAUUCCCCAGUCUCAUCCGCCGGCCCCAUUCCCGUCACAUCAAGCAGGUGAUCAACACCUAAGGCCUCUCUCCCAGCAAGUAUACUGGCAGGCAAUACAACCUCAAACUCCACGACACACGAGUAAUCGACACCUCUUAGUCAAUGAAGAGACUCCCGACACGGACGAGGUGCCGAGAUACGCGCUUCCACCCCCGGAGACGCCUAUGUCACGGCGGAGUCCAUCUAAAGGCGAGCGAGGUAGAAGCCCCACCAAGAGUAGAAGUCCAGUUAAGCGAUAUUGA